UGACAUUUUUCAAUGAGUCAAGCGGUAAAUUGAAAAGAUGUAAACAAACAGAUUUUCACAGUGUCAGUGAACUCAAGGACAAGUGAUGGAUUUACAAGAUUUGUUUGCUAGUUGCAAGCGUGGAGAUCUACAAAAAGUGCAAUAUUUAGUUGAGCAGAAAGAAAUUGAACUAAAUGUGCGAGAUAAGUGGGAUAGUACGCCAUUAUACUAUGUGUGUUUAUGUGGGUAUGAAGAAUUGGUCAAAUAUUUACUGGAAAAGGGAGCCAAAUGCCAGGCCAAUACAUUUGAUGGAGAAAGAUGUGUGUAUGGUGCAUUGAACAACAGGAUUAGGAAUUUGCUGAAAUCAUAUAAUGUUAUAUCAUCUAAAACAAUGAGAAGAGAUCAAUAUGAAGAAUUUCUGAGGAGGUUAACAGAGAAUGGAAGCUACAAGGAUAUAGUGUUUCAUGUUCAUGGAGAAGAGUUUCCAGCACACAGAUGUGUACUCUCGGCACGAUGCGAUUACUUUGCCAAUUUGUUUAGAACAAGAUGGAAGGAUAGACAAGAAAUAGUUCUUAGUCAUCAUUUGAUAACCCCCUCAGCUUUCAAAUCAGUUUUAGAGUAUUUAUAUACAGGUAGACUUGAAACCCAUAUAGACAAUGUAGAUGACUGCCAGGUACUUGCCAAACAGUGCCAAUUACACAAUCUGCAGGAACAGAUUUACGAAAGAUUUAAGAAAACACUUUCUUUUGAACUAACCAAACCUGGUGUAAAUGUGACAACCCUUGUACUGGAACAGCCAUUGGACAGUAAAGAACUUCAGAUGGAGCUCAGUAGACUGGCAGAUUUAGCAUUACCCGCAGAACUCUGUACACAGAUGCAUGGAGAACUGCCAUUUGAACCAGAGUAUCAGUCUGUUUAUCCAGACAUCUGUUUUACUGUGGAAGGUCACAAAUUUUUGGGUCAUAAAGCUUUUUUCUGUGAAAGAAGUGAUUAUUUUAAAGCUUUGCUCAAUAAUCAUUUUGGAGAGAAUGACACUGAGAGUACUAUACCUGUUGUCAGACUUUGUGAGGUUAAUUCUGAUAUAUUCACCAAAGUUCUGUAUUAUAUUUACCAAGAUAGCUGUGAGCUAUCUGAGGAGACAGUAUAUGAUGUGUUAUGUUGUGCUGAUCUUUAUUUACUUCCUGGUUUGAAGAGACAUUGUGCAAAUUAUAUAGGAAAACAUCUAAAUACUGCCAAUGUUGUACAGGUUACAAGGACAGCAAAAUUGUUUUCAUUACCACGACUUGAAGAUCAAUGUGCUGAGUUUAUUGCUAAUAAUAUUGAGAAGAUCCUAGAACAGGAAGAUUUUGCAGAGUUGGUAAAACAGGAUGCUGCUGAAGUGAAAGGUAGACAGGAGACAGAUACCAUAGAUAUCAUUGACAAUAUUAGGUUUCAUUUAACAUUUAGUAUACAGACAUAUGGAGAGAUGGAGGAAGCUAAUGAAAAACUCAGACUUAUUGAUGAUUUGUUGGAAGAGCUAGAACUUGAAGGCUAAUUUUAUAUCAUGUUGACAGUUUAUCCUUUGUAAGGAAAUAUUAUCAGGAAUUUUAUGCAAGAUUCAAUUUUGGGUAUUAUUUGAUAUAUUUAUAUGAAUAUUUAUGCCACUGGAGAGUGAAUCAGGUACUAUAUAUUUAACCAGUAUAUGUAUAUAUUAUACAUGUUAUACAUUUAAUUUAAUGUACUUGUGAAGUGAUAAUAUUUAUUUAUUAAGGUUUUGGAUCAACUAUAAAGAAUCUUUGCUAUAAAUCAAAGUUCUGUUGUGUCUAUGAAAAUCCCUGAUGAAAAUAGAAUGUUCAGGUGGUUUUUUAUCCUGUUAUUAUCAAAAGCCAUGUCUAACACUUCAAUAGAAAACAUUUUACUGAAUUUUGUGAUAAUCAUUUAGUUGAUAAGGAUGUCACCAUAUGGAUGGCAACAACAAUUGUAAGAUGACUGCAAUUUAAGUGUGCAGUGGUCUUAGAUUAUUUUUUUUACAGCCCUUACCCCAAAGAAAAUAACCAAAUAUUAUUAUGAUACAGACUGUGAAAAUCAAAAUUACUAUAUUACACAUGGCCAUUUUUAUGUAUUUCAUAAAUUUAUAAUAGCAAUUUAGGUAUAAUUUGGUUAUUUUUCGUUAAACUAACACUUUAGAUCUUAUAGAAUACCAAGAAAAUAAAAAUUAUGAACUUUUAUUUUAAAUUGAAAAGUUGAUCAAUGUACUCUUGCAAUUACAACAAAUAAUACAAAAAAAAACACUAUCCUGAGCUACCUUUAUCUUUACUUCUUUGAAGUCAAAUUGUUUCAAGAACACCUUAGUAUAAUAAAGCUCCUGUAAAUAUGACAGCUUUUGAAACCCUGGUAAUGUCAAACAUACUUACCAGAGCCUAUAGUAUUAACAUUAAAACAAUUAUUAUCUUAAGUAAAUAUAUUUUGUAUAAAAAGUGACAAAAAUAGGGAGGAGGUAUAAUUAAAGUCAUUAUGUUUCCCCCUAAAAUUGCAACAAAACACUUGAAGUUGUAUACUUGCCUUUGUGAAAACACUGGUUAAGAACAGAAAGUUGUGAUGUCCAAAACAUGUUAAAAGUGAAAUGUAGGUCCUUAAUCAACUAAUUUACACAUAUUUAAAAAAAAGUAUCAUCCACUGCCUAACCCUAAAAGAUAAUUCAGUAAUCAUUAAAACAUCUGUGCAAAAUACAUUUGUUAGAAAAUCAUUAUUUUAGAUAA